AUGACAUUUCCUGAAUCAGGAGCACGAGUUUUUGCACGUUUUAUGUCCUAUAUUGUUCUGGUAUUUAUUACUUUGGGACCACAAAAUGUAGUAGGACAAGAAAGAAAGUGUGAAAAAAUAACCAUUCCCAUGUGCACAAACAUUGGCUACAACUUCACAUCCAUGCCCAACAAAUUUCACCACGAGACUCAAAAGGAAGCUGGAUUACAAGUUCAUCAGUUUUGGCCGCUGGUGUUAAUAAACUGCUCAGACGAUCUACAAUUCUUUCUCUGUUCUCUGCACACACCAAUAUGUAUGAAGGAUCACAAUAAGCCUAUUCCACCUUGUCGUUCAGUUUGUGAACGAGCACAAGCUGGUUGUGCCCCUAUUAUGAGGCAGUACAGGUUUAAUUGGCCAGAAACAAUGACGUGCGAAGAAUUUCCGAACUACGGAGAUCCUACCAGAAUGUGUAUGGACCAUAAAAAGGGUCAAAAACCAGAUCGUACUUCUAUAAACCAAAAAUAUUCAUCUCUUAGAAACGUUAGAACAUAUGGUGGUCAAUACAAGAAUAGUCUAAGUGGAAAAGAUGGACCAAAAUAUGUAUCACCAAAGAGGCACGAUUCAAACAAUGAUUCUUCGUCUUUCAUUGGACAAGAGGAUUGUAAGUGCUUCUGUCGUCCUCCCAUGGUCACGCUUGUUGACACAGAAAGAGUUAAUUUUGUCAAGACAGGAGGGUUAUUAAACUGUGCUGUCCCAUGUCACGGCACCUUCUUCUCCACAGACGAAAAUACUUUUACCACGAUGUGGCUCGGACUCUGGUCAGUGCUGUGUUGUAUUUCCACUUGUUUAACCGUCAUUACGUUUCUGAUCGACAUGCAGAGAUUUCGUUAUCCAGAACGUCCUAUCAUCUUCCUCUCCGGCUGUUACUUGAUGGUUUCCAUAGGCUAUUUGGUCCGGCUGGUCAUGGGACAUCCUGAGCUGGCUUGUGAUGGACCAAUCGUUCGGUAUCAGGACUCUGAAAGACCGGCAGCAUGCACCAUUGUCUUCCUGUUGAUUUACUUCUUUGGAAUGGCUAGCUCUCUCUGGUGGGUCAUCUUAGCCUUGACUUGGCUUCUGGCAGCUGGACUGAAGUGGGGGAAUGAAGCUAUUGCUGGAUACUCGCUAUAUUUCCACUUGUUAGCUUGGUCAUUACCAACAGUCAAAACAAUUGCCAUCUUAGCCGUGGACGGAGUGGAUGGGGACCCCGUGGCUGGUAUUUGUUUCGUUGGAAAUCAGGACUUGACUCUCCUGCGAGGAUUUGUACUGACUCCUCUCUGUGUCUACCUUCUUUUGGGAACAUCCUUUCUCUUGGCUGGAUUCGUGGCUCUUUUUCGGAUCAGGAAUGUCAUCCGACAACAAGCUAGAGCUAAAGUAGACAACUUGGAGAAGCUAAUGAUCAGGAUUGGAGUCUUCUCGGUGCUGUACACGGUGCCAGCCACCAUCGUCAUCGGCUGUUACAUCUACGAACAACACUCCCGGGAAGCCUGGGAGAAAAGACAUAACUGUCCUUGCAGUAACCCGGAUAUACGUCCUGAUUACACUGUAUUCAUGCUCAAGUAUUUUAUGUGUCUCGUUGUAGGGAUCACUUCAGGAUUUUGGGUCUGGUCUGAAAAAACCGUGAACUCCUGGCAGCGUUUUUAUGGAAGAAUAUGUGGGAGUAAUUCCCAUGAUUGUGUAGAAAACGAAACUUUUAAACCAGUGAUUGUAGUAAAUCAUGUUGAGAAGUUCCAUCCUUACUACAAGCAGAUGCCCAUAUCCCACGUUUAAAAAGUGUCUAUAAAUAUAUAUAUUACUAGAGACAUCCUGAAAGUGACUUAGACGAAGUUGCAUAGAAUAUUAAUAGAUUGAAACAACGAAAGUGAGAAGUUUAAUAAUUUUGUAAAAAGAAAUACCGCACAGCAUACACUCGACGUUCUUGUAUAGCUCUCUCAUAGUCAGUUGAUACUAAUUUUAUUUUGUAUAUGAAAGUAAAUGUUGUUUUCAAGUCAAUACAUUGUUGAUAAACACCUUUUAUUUCCAGUAUUAUUAUUAUUUUCCGUAUUUUGUUUGUGAGCUUAAUACAGAAACACAUCGUUAAGUGAUUUUCUACCUUAAGCCUCUUCAACUGGAGUACAAUAUGUUUGAGCUGGUAUAUUAGAUGAUUUUUUAUAAAUAGUGAUUUUUAAAUAUAACAGUUUGAGCUCUGUUUAUUUAUUAUACGUUUAAUACGUCACGUCGAAUCUCUAAUAUCGUUAUUAGCAUUUGAUCUAAAUCUAUAUAUUACCUGAUAUUUUUAUAAGUGAAUACGCUUGUUUUCUUUUGAAAAUGUUUACUUGUACGACUUUAAAACAAUAAAAGUAUAUCACUGAGGAAAUGAAUUAGUGACGCAAACU